CACGACAGCAAUGUAAAUAAGCAGAAUGUGUGUCCUAAUCCUAAUAAAAUUAUUUCUUUGAUUGACAAAGGAAUCACUCAUAAUCUAUAUAAGAGCAUUUAUGAUUAUCGUAGUAUCAGUAAUAACAAAGUACUCUGCUUAUCUUUAGUAUUAGGUAUAUAGUUUAAUUUGGAUUCUUUACGUUAGUGUGUUUACAUUUAAACGUUGGUCUAGACAGUCAAAAAAUCAUCACUUCUCAAUAUAUAUAUCUAGGGCGCAAUAAGGAAACGCUGACAAUUUGGACAUAACAGAAACUUGAAAAUUUAUUGUGGUCGCUACUUUUCAACGAUGUCCAAGAAUAACCAUGCAAUAGUUCUAACAGAAAACCAGCAAAUGGCAUUUAACGGAUUUUUGAAGCGAUCCGGCGUUGGUAACUUUUCUAUAUCAUUAUCAUCGGGAGUAGAAGCCGGUGAAAAUUUAUGUGGAGUUAUAAUAAAAGCCGAUGUAGUGUGGACCAGUGAAAAUGAAGAAUCCACUUCCCAUUACAUUUUAAAGUGUGUUCCGUCAAGUGAAAUUCUUCAAAACCUGCUCCCAGUGCAACCUUCCUUUCUAAUUGAGAUAUAUGUGUACUCGAAAAUAUUUCAAGAGUUCAAUAUAAUUCAACGGGAGUAUAACAUUAAAGCACCUUUCGAUUGCUUCCCAGUUUACUAUGCAUCUUUGUCAACAACACACGACAAAAUGAUAGUACUACAAAACGUAAAGGCGCUAAGCUAUAGGCAUUACGAUCGAUCUCAACCUAUGGAUUACCCGCAUUUAUUACUCGUAGUUAAGGAAUACGCACGGUUGCAUGCCCUCUCCUACGUGAUAAGGCACUACAAGCCAGUCCUCUUCGAAGAAUUUGAACGAAAUACUGUACACCACUUUCUUCAGGACUGGAGCUAUGAAGGCAUUAUGAUUGUUGUUCAACACCGAAUGGACCACGCUUUAAAGGCAUUGGAGUCGAUAAUUGAUACUGCUCUGUAUGAAAAAUUCUUGCAUUUUACCCAAAACGUACGUUCUGUUUGUACAAAGCUGCUCAACUCCAAAACAAAGCACCGAGUGAUUAGUCACAUCGACUGUGGUAUUUCAAAUUUCUUGUUUAAGUAUGAUCCUACAUCUGGGGAUCUUUUGAGUACCUGCAUACUCGAUUGGCAACACUCUCGUUUGGAAUCUCCAGCAGUAGAUUUGGUUACGUUCAUAUUUUCUGCCGCUGACAAAGCUACUCGAGAACGCUACGAUGAGUUAAUAAUGGAGUACCACAAGACAUUCUGUUCAUUUAUGCGGGAAUUCGGUUGCGACGGAGAAAAACUGCUUCCGUUUGAUGAUUUACAAAGCGAAUUAAAGACUUACGGCAUAUUGGGAUUUCCAAUGGCAAUCAUGCUAAUUUACCUUUAUUCAACGAUUGACCAAAGGGUUCCCGAUGUACGCGAAGUCGAGUCCUCUAAGGAAGAAUUUGGAUUUUUAUACGAUUUACAAAAUCGGGAAAAAUUUGAUACGCGGGUUAGGGAAGCAAUUUGUGACUUUAAUCGUUUCGGAUACAAUUUUGAGUGAAAUGUUUUCUAAUUUUGCAUUUUGUCAGUGUAUGAAGUGCGAUCAUGUGUGAACCGAUGUUGAUCAUUAAAAUGCGAUGCUAGCUUACAAAUGGCGUUGCUUCUUUUCCAACAUUGCUAUCGUCAUAAGAUGCUAGCUCUCUAAUAAUCCAUACUGAGGGUAGGUAAGAUCACCGGCUAUGUGAAAUUUCAAACCCACUAUUCUAAAAAAACAAUACCGAAAAUGUUACUUGAUACACUGUGUCCAAGAUAAGGAUGUCUAUAAUCAAUGGGGAUUUUCGAAACCGUACAAGAAACGACGAUGGUCAAAUUAGGGAAAUGUUGCGCCAUUAAACAGUUAUUAUCAUGCUCUAAAAAAAAAACAAAAAGUUCUGAUUACUUCCG